CCUAAUCCUGAAAGUCACAUGACCCCGGAUCUCGCUGAUUGGACGGUCGUGGGUACUCAAAAGCCCGGCGCAGGGCAGAAACUGGCAGUUAAGGUGACGAAGGUGUGAUAGACUGGAAUUAAGAGCAGCGAGAGAACGAGACAGAAGGAGAAGAUUCUCAACUAAAUAAAGGAAAUGAAGAUCCAGCAGAUAAAUAAAUGUCAGAUGUACAGCUUUACCGUAUAACCCUAAGAGAACCAAAGCAUCACAAACCGAGUAAUCAGGACGUGAUGAAGCUGGAUCAGUAUCUGGAGAACCUGAGUGAAUGGAAGGAGACAGACUUCGCCCUGAACUGCACCUACGUCGUUCACGAUCAGCCGUCCGAACCGGAUUUCAGCCUCCCUAAAGCCAUGACGUCCAUCCCUCGUAACCUGACCUUCUACUACAACUCUGACAACGAGGUGACCGGUGUGUUCAGUAAGGAGUACGUCCCCCCUGGCACACGCUUCGGACCCCUGCAGGGGGAAAUCUACGCCAAAGAAAAGGUGCCACCUCAUGCCAACAGGAAGUACUUCUGGAGGAUUUACUCUGACGGACAGCUUCACCACUUCAUCGACGCCUAUGACGUGCAGCGGAGCAACUGGAUGCGUUACGUCAACCCGGCGCACACGCCGGCCGAGCAGAACCUGGUGGCCUGCCAGAACGGCCGGGAUGUUUUCUUCUACUCCAUCCGGCCUGUGGAACCGGGGCGUGAGCUGCUGGUGUGGUACAGUCCGGAGUACACCAAGAGGCUGUGCGGGCACGCUUAUGAACACACGGACGGCGUCAAGACAAAGCACUUUGGCGGUGACGUGACUGAAGCUGGUCUGAAGACGCACCACCUGCCCAAGUGGGCCUGCCACCCCAAGCCGUCCUCAGAUCCCUACGGUCCACAGAGUCUGGAAACAAAGAAAGAAAAAGAUGCAGCUGAGGAAGAUGACGAGAACAUUGACGUGGAGGCCAUCGAGAGGGACACUCCACCCAGCACGCCAGAUACGAAGGUCCACACGGACGUCCCGCAUGAACCGAAGCACAAAGCGCAUCCUGAUAUUGUUUUUCAGUCAGUUUCCCCUCAACGAGACAAUCUGCACCUCCAGGGCUUUCACAGUGAGAGGGAAAACCUGACUCAACCCUACGCUGUUCCACCUCACAGCUACCACCUCCUGCCUCCCUAUGACCUUCACUACAACAGCUUGCUCGUGCCCCCGUACACACCACCCUUCCCCUCCAUGCUGCCCCUCAGAGGACCUUUUUGCUACAACAAAAUGCUGGCAAACGAUCACUUGGCGUUUCCAUCCCUGACCCCACCGGGCUUGCUCCCAAACUAUCCCGCCCUGCACCCUCACACCAGCAUGGAAGGGCGACCCCUGAACACCUCGCCUCCGCAGGGCGCCCCGGCCACCCCCGAACCUUCUCCGCAAGCGAAGCAUUCAUCAGACGAGGCCGUCAACCUCAGCCUUGCAUCGUCGCCGAAAAUGCGCUCUCUGACGUCCUCGCCGUCGUCUCUGUCCUCGCAGUACGGUCCGGGGUACAAGUCUCUGCCGUACCCGCUGAAAAAACAGAACGGCAAGAUCAAGUACGAGUGCAACAUCUGCUGCAAGACCUUCGGCCAGCUGUCCAACCUGAAGGUGCAUUUGAGGGUACACAACGGUGAGCGGCCGUUUCAGUGUCAACUGUGCAAGAAAAGCUUCACCCAACUGGCUCACCUGCAGAAGCACCAUCUCGUCCACACUGGAGAGAAACCUCACGAGUGUCAGGUGUGCCGGAAGCGCUUCAGCAGCACCAGCAACCUAAAGACGCACCUGCGCCUCCACUCGGGAGAGAAGCCCUACGAGUGCAAGGUGUGCGGCACCAAGUUCACGCAGUACAUCCAUCUCAAGCUGCACCGCCGCAUGCACAGCUCCAGCGACCGGCCCCACCGCUGCCCGCUCUGCCACCUGGGUUUCCUGCAUGACUUCUCCGUAAGGCUGCAUUACCGCUCGGGCUACUGCACCCCCGACUCCCGGCCCAAAAGUCCAGCGCUGCUCCAGGCUGUGGAGACCCUCCAGCGAUUCGACGUCAGCGCAGAGGCCGAGGCUCUCCCGGAGGACCCGUCCGAGGCCGAGGUGAACACUGCUUUCGAGAGGUGGCUGGAAAAGGACGACAGACCCGAGAGCGGGCACUUCAAAGCCUCGGUCGUGGAGCGCCAGCAGGAUAGAGCCAGCGUGGUACGUUUUUGUGGUGAAGGAAGAGUAGAUUGAGGAAGGAGCGAGGACUUGAAUGGAAGUCAAUGCCAAAAUAAACCUCUCCAUCGGUGUGAAGAGUGAGAGGACGGGAGCUAAACCGGACCAAGAAUCACCAAAUAUAUGG